AUGUGUGUUGCUGUGGUCCCUGACUCCAACAGGACGCGAUCAGGCAGCCGCUCGGCAAUUCGGACAUCGCCGACUCUAUCUGUCGUCGGUCACCACAGAUCACUCUAUAUUACAUCUGAGUUGAUCAAGCCUUUGAGAACAAAGUAUGGCAUUCAACACUAUGUGUGGGAAGGCUAUAUCAUAGCUCAGCACGCGACAAGCCUGCGCGUAAAGCAGGACUACCUUACGCUAGCUUCCCUAACCGGACCUCCUGCCUUGACACCAAUACAUUGGCAAAGAGCAACGACAAAACAUAGAAGAGAGACACAAAGAGAGGGUAUAGUGGUGAAGUACGAUCUACUGAACGCCAUACGCCACAUGCGAUCGAAAGCGAAAGUACAACAUGGACAACAAUAG